AUGGUGAUAAGCGACGCUCCCACUACUCGUCAUAAGCGGUUGGUGGCACCCAAAGUUUCGCUCAUCACAGCUUAUGUGAUGGAUGGAGACUUUCUUAAUUUUACUCUGGAUUUAAAUUUAUCCACUUACAACACGACAAAUGAGACCCAGAUUGAAGACAUCAGCGGAGCGGUGGCGGCCGCCGUGUUUCUUGGGGCGAUCGUCUGUAUGACGAUAAGUGGUAACGUCUUGGUUCUUCUUGCCGUAUUCGUGAAUUCACACCUGAGAAGUACUACCAACUAUUUUAUUGUCAACUUGGCUAUUGCGGAUCUUUUGUUGGGAACAACAGUUUUGCCUUUUUCCGCCACUCUGGAAGUAUUGGACUACUGGCCUUUUGGUCAGAACUUUUGUGAUAUAUGGGCGGCCGUGGAUGUACUUUGUUGUACAGCCUCCAUUAUGAGCUUAUGUGCCAUCAGUUUGGACCGCUAUAUCGGUGUAACCAGACCUCUGCAACAUUCUACCAUCAUGUCCGAGAAGAGAGCUGGUUGUUGUAUUGUGUUCAUUUGGAUAUUAUCUUUGGCCAUCUCCCUGGGCCCAUUAAUAGGCUGGAAGGAACCACCCGAUCCUAACCCUAGGAUCUGUACCGUCACCACUCAGCUCGGCUAUGUGUUAUUCUCCGUCUGUGGCUCGUUUUACAUACCACUUCUCAUUAUCCUUGUUGUUUAUUUUCGGAUAUACAGAGAAGCCAUUAAGCAAUCCAGAUUUCUUGCAACCGGUGUGAAGACGUCAAAACUUAAUGAGGCCAAGGAGAUUACGUUACGAAUACACACCGGUCGUACCCAGAGUUCCCCUGGGCAGGGGGCUUAUCAGAGCAGCAGUUCCAGCGACGGUGGGGUGUCUGAGGGGUCGGGCAGGAAAGUUAUCUCCAGAGUGACCCUUGCUGGCAAAAUAGCAAAGUUUAAUCGCGAGAAGAAAGCAGCCAAAACUCUGGGUAUCGUCGUGGGUGUAUUCAUUCUCUGCUGGUUUCCAUUUUUCUUCAUGUUACCAAUAGCUGCCUUGUGUCCACACUGUUACAUCCCUCCCAUCCUUUUUCAAAUCAUCUUCUGGCUCGGGUAUUGUAACUCAUUAAUGAACCCUAUUAUAUACGCUUGUUCGCACAAAGAGUACCAGCGAGCUUUCAAAAGAAUCCUCGGCUGCAGGUUCCGGCGUCGUCCCAGAGUGUUCUUGGAAGAGCAGAGUGUGGCGACGUCCACAAUGGAUCUGAAGAGAAUGGGUCAGAACUCUAGUCGAGCCGACGGCUCUGUGUCGAGGAGUCCGGUCGGUAAUAACCAUAGAAUUGAGGGCAGCAAGAGAAAAAGUAAAAAAAGUAGGCCUCCGGUGAUACUGGAUGAGCAGUCGGAGCUACUGUCGAAGCAAAGCUGUGGUUAUCCUCGCUUCCGAUCUCCUUUAGACUCUCCUUUACAAUCUUUAAUGCGCUAUCAGAACAAUCGCAAGUUUCCACGAUCUCCUUCGAGUUUCACCAGCGACGAUGAAUGUAUCAGUCUUUCCAACUGUUCGGACGAUAACAAGUCGGACUGCUCUGUGAGAUUCUGUAAGCAGACGAGAUCGUCCCCGUCCUGGGACGACGACGAUGCGCGCUACAGCAGGGUCAGUCCUAGCAGUUUUGCUGCCGACGAGGAUUACGUCAACGCGGUGCUGGUCAAGAAGCGCAGCGGCUGUAGCAGAGCAGACGCCGAGGCGCGCCAGAUUUGUCGAUUUGCAAUACCAGACAUCUUGAUAAAUGAUGAACCGUCAAAGGAUUCUACGAAAUGCAAUUCGUCCGUAAACAAAACCAUCACUGCUGACAUCGAAAUGGGAGAAAUUAAGCAGAUCAAUGGGGGCACAAAUCUUUCCGACAGUCCAACAGCUGAGUUAGUUACCAGUAACUGA